CAAACAUGACAACCCUUUGCAUUCUCGUUUUAAUUUCAAAUGUUUUGUAGAAUAUCUUAGAAGACAUGUUAUUUCCUUUGAUUUCAUUGGCUUAUUUUCAGAUGUGGUUACAGGUUUAAGCCUAGUUAGCUAGGGCAUAGUUUUGAACAUCUUUGUAUGAGUUCUAGUGUUUGAACCUGCUGCCCUUUUUUAACCAGGCGCUGAACGACAUUGCAAGGUUGUAAUCACGGCUGACACUUUGUCUCUACCUGUUGAACGACAAGUUAGAAUGGGUGAGUCUUCUACAAACAUUGCAGCUUUUUCCAAUCAUUCUUUGAUUCAUAUAUACUAAUGUUGGAUUUAGAUGCAUAUAAGAUACUGAUUAUGGCUAAUGUCAAGAUAUAACUGAACUCAACAGAAAAAGGCUUUCCUUCCCAUGUUUACAGGUCUUGAAAAAUCUGAUGUAGACAACUCUGAGGAUGAGAGGAAGAGAAGACUUGGGUCUCUUAAGAAAAAGGCAAUCAGUGCCUCAAGCAAGUUUAGACAUUCUCUUAAAAAGAUGAGGAGACAUAGCAGAGUUCUGUCGGUUGCCAGUAUUGAGGAUAACGUUGAUGCUGAAGAGCUACAGGCAGUGGAUGCAUUCCGUCAAGCACUUAUCUUAGAUGAACUACUACCUGCUAAACAUGAUGAUCAUCAUAUGAUGCUAAGAUUUCUGAGGGCCAGGAAAUUUGAUCUUGAGAAAGCAAAGCAAAUGUGGGCUGAUAUGCUCCAGUGGAGGAAGGAUUUUGGUGCUGACACAAUCAUGGAGGACUUUGAUUUCAAGGAAUACGACGAAGUGGUCAAGUACUAUCCGCAAGGAUAUCAUGGAGUUGAUAAGGAUGGACGACCUGUUUAUAUUGAAAGACUUGGACAAGUUGAUGCAAACAAGCUAACUCAAGUAACAACAAUAGACCGUUAUCUGAAGUACCAUGUAAAGGAGUUUGAGAAGACCUUUGCUAUUAAGUUUCCUGCUGCAUCAAUUUUAGCAAAAAAGCACAUUGAUCAGAGCACAACCAUAUUAGAUGUGGAAGGAGUGGGGUUUAAAAGCUUCAACAAGACUGCAAGAGAGCUCCUUCAGCGCCUUCAGAAGAUUGAUGGUGACAAUUAUCCCGAGACUCUGAACCGCAUGUUUAUCAUCAAUGCUGGUUCUGGAUUUAGACUCUUAUGGAACACAGUUAAAUCGUUCCUUGACCCAAAGACCACUGCAAAAAUCCAUGUUUUGGGUAACAAAUAUCAGAGCAAAUUGCUUGAAGUAAUUGAUGCAAAUGAACUGCCAGAGUUUUUGGGUGGCAGCUGCAAUUGUGCUGACAAAGGCGGCUGCAUGCUUUCUGACAAGGGUCCAUGGAACGAUCCAGGAAUAUUAAAGAGAGUUCAAAAUGGUGAGGCCAAGUGCACAAGGAGAAAUAUGUCAGGCGUUGAGGAGAAAGUAUGCCUAGAGGACAUGAAGAGUCAUUCCUUCGACACAGAAACAGCUAUGGACACUGCUGAAGAGUCCUUCUUUGAUGUUUCACCACUCUCUCCUGUUGCCGAAUCUCCCAUCAAGAAAAAGUGCCAGAAUUCCUUUGCUGAUGACAAAUUUAUCCCAAUAGUUGACAAGGGUAUGGAUGCUUCCUGGACUAAAACAGGGGUAGAUGAAAAUUUUGCCAUAUCCAAAGAUUGUUACCUUGUGAAGGAUGAUGGGAGGGCUACUGAAGGAAUGGGCACCAACAUUUUUGGAGGAAUCAUGGCUUUCGUUAUGGGAAUUGUAACCAUGGUUCGCUUGUCCCGCAGCAUUCCCAGGAAACUAAGUGAAGCUGCCUUGUAUGGUGGUCAAGUUUACUAUGCUAACCCAAUGAUCACAGGCCAUGCCUCUCAGUUGCCACCACCUAUCACUAGUUCUGAUUACUUUUCCAUGAUGAAACGCAUGGCUGAGUUGGAAGAGAAGGUGAAUAUCCUCAUCGUAAAACCAGCAGCCAUGCCACCUGAGAAAGAGGAGAUGCUGGAUGCUGCUUUAAGCAGGGUCUGCAUCCUGGAAGAAGAGCUAUCCGCAGCUAAGAAGGCACUUGAGGAAGCCUUUGAUAAACAGCAGGAGCUUCAAACCUACAUUGACAAGAAGAGAAAGAGGAAGAAGUUUAACCCAUUCCGGUGGUAAUGUGAACUUGAUGUUGGUGGCCUUCGUGAUAUUCAGCCCCACAAAUGAAUUCCUUUCAUAUAUUGUUUUGCUUUGUAAAACAUUCGAUUGCAAGACCCCGUAAACCAUGGAGUUUGGCAUUUUUCUUGAAUUUUGUGUAUAUGUCGAGCAAUUAUUGGCUCAAAUUUAGAGCAAUGGUGGUCUUGGCUUAUGCUGGUUGUAACGCUCUGCUAUAGUUUAAAAUGUGGUAAGAAGGGUGAAGCUUUGGCCACAGAGGAGAAUGGUAAUAUAUUCUGAGAUCUAAGCUUCAAACAUCAGGCAGUGUUUAUAACCUAGUACCAACAAGAUUACCAUCGAAAAUCUCUGUAAAUAUAACCUACUAAUGCAGUUCAUCUUUUUAAUAUCAUUCCAUUUUCUUUCUUUUCACUUUGUUUUUUCCAUCAUUCGGAGAGAGCCAGGUAAGUUUCUUGUAUUGGAAAAUCUGUUAAGGCCCGUUGUAAUUGGUUCUUUAACAUUUUGGUUUUUUAUGAUUGUCGGAUUUUUGUGGUAAACAGCUAGUA